AUGAAGACUGAAGUGGAUAAAAUCGUCUCACUGUCAGAUGGAGACCAAACUGUUGAACUUCAAAAGUACCUGUCCUCCCUUACAGACGACCAGCUUAUCACUGUUAUUACCAAAAGUGUACUAAAGGGUAAGAAUGUUGGUACCACGAUUAAAGGCAUUUUUAAAGGCUCUCCAUCCACUUCCACUGAAGGGUCAAACCGCAGACUGAUGCUGUAUCAACACUGCAUCCCCCUGUGUGAGUCUGGUGACCUCCAGACUGAAGUAGCAGCUGAUAUCAUUGGACUGCUGAUGCUGGAGACUCACACACUGUCUGGACCAUCUCUUGCACAACUAGCGUCUCUUUUCGUUGAAGCCAUUAAGAUGGGGAAAAUGGGAAGUGGGAAAUCCCUGGAGCUAUUUCCAACUGUGCUUACUGCUCUGGCAGCGUGUGAAGCCUUGUCAUAUGGCAAAGGGGAACUCAGUGGUGAUGAAUACAAGAAACAGCUGAUCAACAGCCUCUGCUCAAGCAGAUGGGACCCACAGUGUGUUAUCCACCUGACAACCAUGUUCAGAGAUGUACCUCUGUCAUCAGAGGAGCUGUAUUUCCUGGUGGAGAAAGUACUGCGCAUGUUUAGCAAACUAGAUCUGCAAGAGAUCCCGCCACUUGUUUACCAGCUGCUCUUGUUAUCAGCAAAGGGUUGUAAGAAACAGGUCCUGGAUGGAAUAAUCUGUUAUUUUAAGGAGCAAGACCUUCGCCAGGAAGAGGAGCAGAAACAUGGAGAGAGCCUGGAUCUAGAGGUUCAGUCUAUUCCAGAGGACCAGCUAAGGCACGUAGAGGGCACUGCCAUCCUCCACAUAGUCUUUGCUAUAAGACUCGACCAUGAACUUGGGAGAGAAUUCCUUAAAAGCUUUAAGGUUACAUCCUAUGGGGACUUGUGCCCUUUCAGCGUCGCCCUGUUGCUCUCAGUGUCACGUAUCCAGCGCUAUGAGGAACAGGUGUUUGAGCUUUUGAAGGGUGCAGUCAUCAAGAGCUUCAAGGAUGAGCAGCUGCAACAGGGGUCAAAGUUCCUGCAGGACCUCCUGCUGGGACACAGUGGCAUCGCUCAGAUGAUACUGGACACAGUGAAGAACAGUGUGUUUGGUUGGGAUCAUGUGACCCAGGGGCUGGUGCAGCUGGGCUUCUUCCUCAUGGAUACAUUUGGACCCAAACCUGGACCGUUUGGCAAGAUCACAGAAGGGUCCGCUACUGUAGCCAGGACCCCCACUCAGCUGGCAUGUAAACUGGGAGGUCAGGUGCUCUUGCAGGGAUUCAAGAUGCACGAGCCUAUCCGAGGCGAGAUACUGGAGCAAGUUCUGAAUCGACUGGUCACAAAGACAGCCUCACCUGUCAACCAUUACUUAGACCUUUUCUCUGAUAUUGUGGUCUCUGCUCCCAUGAUCCUCCUGGAGUCGUCCACAAAGGUGACAGAGACAUUUGACCACCUGUCAUACCUGCCGUUGGCCACUGUUCAGGGCUUACUGAAAGCAGUCCAGCCCCUGCUCAAAGUCAGUAUGUCCUUGAAAGAUGCGUUGAUUCUAGUUCUCCGAAAGGCCAUGUUUUCCAGCCAACUGGAUGGAAGGAAAUCUGCAGUGACUGGCUUCUUGUUGCUGCUGAAGAACUUCAGAGUGUUGGGCAGCUUGUCCUCGAGCCAGUGUAGCCAGGCAGUCUCCUCCAGCCAGGUCCAAGUGGAUGUUCAUUCUCGUUACAACUCUGCUGCCAAUGAAGCGUUCUGUCUGGAGAUCCUCAGCAGCCUGCGCCGCUGUCUGGGCCAGCAGGCUGAUGUACGCCUUAUGCUCUAUGAGGGUUUCUAUGAUGUUCUCCGUCGUAACUCCCAACUGGCAAGCUCCAUCAUGCAGACCCUUUUCUCACAGCUGAGGCGAUACUACGAACCUGAACAAGACCUCCUGCCUCCCGUGAAACUGGAGCCAUGCAUCACUGCUCACGGAGAGCAAGUCUACCUCCAGGAGCCACUGGCCCAUCUGCUGAGCUGUACUGUGCAUUGCCUGCUGUGGCUUCAAAACAUGCACCGGUCAGCAAAUCCCAACGCUGAUGACAGCGAUGAUGAUGAGGAGGAGGAGGGAUACCAGUCUGAACUCCAGACAAUCCUAGAGAGCAUGACAAGACGCAUGAUGAAGAGUGAACUGGAAGACUUUGAACUGGACAAGUCAGCAGAGUUCUCCAUGGGAUCCAGUGUUGGGGUAAAGAACAAUAUCUAUGCUGUGCUGGUGAUGGGAGUGUAUGAGGUCCUUAUGGAGUACAAUUUCAUCAAAGCCAAUUACAGCAAAAGCCACUUUGAGGAGCUAAUUGAGCUGUUCACCCACUACCACAAGCUGUCUGAGAUCCUGAAGGAGAAAUCUGGAAAGGGUCGAGUGCCCUCGAGUAAAACCCCUCGCAGUUUACUCUCUCUGGGCUUCGUAUCAACUCUCCUCACUGUGCUCUUCAGAGACAGUACUCAGAGCAGAGAGGAUGCUCUCUCAGUGUUGCGUUCAAGUGGAGAAUUUGUGCGUUAUGCAGUAAAUGUGGCUGUGCAGAAGAUCCAGCAGCUGGAGGAGACUGGACACACAGACGGUCCAGAUGGACAGAACGCAGAUAAGACUUUCAGUUUCCUCUGCGACAUGACGAGUGUCCUGAUGUGGCGCUACACCAACAUCCCCAGUGUGGUGGAGGAUGCAGGGAAGAAGGAGAAGCGGUGCAGUCUGUCCCUGCUGUGUCUGGAAGGUCUGCUCCGGAUCUUCACAACCUGCCAGCAGCGCUACCCAGACAAGAUGGCCCAGCUCCUCUCUACCAUGGAGAUCUCCGAGGACGAUGCUGAGCCAGAUGAUGGAAACGUCACAGAGAUCAACUUCUUUUACAUCAGACAGUUUCAGAGGGCGCUGUUCACUCAGCUAAACAGAGGAGAGGAGGAAUUUAACAGCAAAGAGGCUCAGCUGUUGGUCAGCAUUUUGAGCGCUCUCUCACGCCAGCUAAAGCCAUCUUCCCAACAGUUUGUUCAGAUGAUCACAUGGACUGUGAAAAUCUGCAAGGAGACCAGUUUUGAGGACUCUGCUUUCUGUAAGGGGCUGCUGUCGCUUCUCUUCAACCUGCAUGUUCUCUAUAAGACCCCCGUGAGCCUGUUCCUGGACCUCUGCCGAGACAUCCACAGCCAAUUGGGAGAUAUUGAUCAAGAUGUGGAGGUUGAAAAACAGUCUCACUUUGCCAUCGUCAACAUGAAGACUGCAACAACAGCAACGCUGUUGGUCCUGUCUCAGAUCGACAAGGUGCUUGAUGAAGUGGACUGGCUGAUUACCAGAAAGAAAAGUCAGGUGGCCUCUGAGAAAUCGGGCUCUGAAGAGGCCACACAGACUGCAGGCCAGCAGGAUCCAGUGGAGAAAGCAGUGACACUGCAGCUUGGGACCCUUUUGACAGCUUUAAACGAGCUGGUCCAGACAGCCCUGCUGCCUGGCACCUGCACCAUUACACUGCUGAGAGAGCUGAGUCGCACAUACACCAUCCUCACCACCUUGGUCAAAUAUUACAUCCAGGUUUGUGCCAGCCAGCAUGGUGGACUACCGGCACGUGUUGAGAAGCUGGUCAAGCUGUCUGGCUCCCAUCUAACACCGCAGUGCUACUUGUUCAUCACAUACGCACAGAAUGGAGAAUUCUGUGGUGGAGGUGCAGAUGACAAGAAGAAAAAGAAAAGGGGUGAAGUGAACUCUGCUGCCUCUGCAAAACUUCUGCGUGACACAAAGGCCAUUCCUAACUUAAUCUUCAGUAUUGAACAGUAUGAGAAAUACCUCAUCACACUGUCAAAGAAAUCAAAGGUAAAUCUGAUGCAGUACAUGAAGUUGAGCACGUCAAGAGAUUUCCGCAUCAACGCUGCUACUCUGGACGCAGCCUUGCAGGAGCAGGACGACAGUCAAGAGUCACAGGAUGCAGAGGAAACGCAAGAACCCAAACAGAAGAAGAGAAAACAAUGA